GUUUUGAGAUUGUUUAUAAAUAUGGGUUCUGUUGUGCGUGCGUAUUAUCUAAUUAAAGCCCAUUUUCAAAAUUAAAGGCCCAAAAGUACUCACAAACACGCAUCAGUCUCUCCUCCGACCAAACUCUGCUCUGCUGCGCUCCUCUCUGUCUCUCCCCUCGCUGUGAAUUGUAUAAAAUAUGUAGCUGCAAAAAAACAGUGACAGACACAGUAAAAGAAGAUGGGAACCAUAGACCAAGUAGCUGAGCUAAUAUCUUCUCUGGAGCAAGCGACUCUGAUGGCCCAGCAAAUCGGAACCACUGCCGAACAGAACCAGCUCCUCCGUAUCUCCUCCUCUCUCCGCAUAGCCCACCAACGCCUCUCCGUCUUCCUAGCCUCCAUCCCAUCGCUGGGAGCCGAUAAGUCUCUCGACCCCAUGCAAUUAGGAGAAGAAGAGAAUGAGCUGGCGGCGGAAGAGGAUAGAGAUUCGGCCGUGGAGAAGGUGGGGGAGAAGAUGAGAGAGUGUUUCAUCAGGAACAAGAGAGUCAAGCGGCCCCUGUCUCCGUCUUCGGCCGUGGUGGAGACUUCAGCGACGGAAGAAAGGAGUGCCCGUGAUUCUGUGUUUGAUUUCGACCCACACGGCACCAAGUUGAGAGCUUUGGAUCUUAUCUACCAGUUUCAUGCAUGAUGAUGAUCUCUCUCUCUCUCUCUUUAUUUGUUGUAGAUUUUCCACUUCUCCUGUAAUGACUAAUCUUUUGUGAUUGUAAAUAAAGACUAUAUUGUUUUUGGGAUUACAAAUCUACAAAAAUUUA